UAGUUGCUUGCCAGCCACGACCGUGUGCAGUACAUGAACUAUUGAUUCCUUUGAACAAAUUCUCCAGCCUUUGCUGAUCAGCUUGGCCUAAUGUUUUGUCAUGGUAGCUAAAAUGUCUACUCAUGAAGGAUGGUUACGUCCGGCCGGAUAUCUAGAGCAGUCCCAGGCCAAGCUGUAUGACGACCACAACGUCGUCAUCAGCUACGUUCUUCGCCUAGCCACGUCUCGAGAGGUCCACGAAUGCGAUGUGAAGCAAGUAUUCACGCAUCUGUUCAGGAAGACCAUCAAUUUAAGGAUGUUGCCUGAAAUGAGAGACGGCCAGCUCUGGAUACGAGAGUUGCAACAUGAGAACCUCGAUUUCCAGACCCUCAAUGAUGCAGAAGUGAACGCUGUAUACCACGACGUGGCGAGCUACAGGUACAACAUGAGCGUUGGGCCAGCAUGGGCCGUGCGUUUUCUUCCACUAUCCCCAAAACACGAUGAAUAUAUCAAGCGGACGACCAUGGAAAAUACGGGGAAGAAACUCGAAAAACUGCCUCAUGUUUGCCACAUUGUAAUGAGCUUCCAUCACAGCAUAACCGACGGCUUUACUUGCGUGCGCCUCAUCCGACACAUCUUGAUGCUUUUGAAUGAUGUCAUAGCAGGAAACCCCAUAGAUGAUUCCGAGCAGUAUGCUCGCAUGAUGGACAUUAAGAAGCAACAAUUGGUUUUAGAAGAAUUUGAGCGCGCAUUCGAGGCUGACCCUAAGCUGUUGCAAGUCCGAGCUGAGUCAUUACUGCAGUCAAUCCCUGAUGCGCUUCUUAGCAAAGUGUACCCACACCCGUCUACUAGACCGCCAAAAAUGAAAUGCCUUCCCCGCAUCCUUGACAGCAAAACUACGGCGGUUUUUGUCAGCCGCUGCAAGGAAGAAGGUGUCACAGUUCACACUGGCUUCAGCUCGGUGAUUGAAGCUAGCAUUGUCAAAGUUUUACUGGACGCUAACUUUAUCCGGGAUACGUACACCAUUGGAGGACUUCACUGUAUCGACCAGCGAUGUUACUUCAACGACGUUGACAAUGCGUAUGGUGAUGGCCAUGGUGUAAUGGAUGUAGCCUCAGAAGUACCGAAGGAUAUUCUAGACAACUUUUGGAGCCACGCUAAGCAGUAUCACGCCAAAUUUAAGGACCUACAGGUCUGUAAAAACAGCAUAGAAAUUGAAGUGAUUGAAAGAAUGACGGGUCACGACCAGCUUAUAGUCAUUGAUGCUCAGGGUAUCGACUCCCUCCCAAAGAAGACUGCCCCAUACCUAACCACGAACAUGAGAGACGUCACCGAGACUUUGAGUAACUGUGGGGAUAACGUCGAUCUCCUUUACUACGACUGGAUGUCGGCGACCCAAGAGUUGGGGAUCGACUGGCUGAGCUCUAUUCACACUUACAACGGACAACUCAUGCACACCAUGCAGUAUAACACUCAACUCAUGGACGAAGGACUCGCUGUAAGAGUUGUCGAUUCAGUAUUUGAAAUAUUGAGGAAGGUCGUUGAAGAGCCGAAACACAAAUGAAUAUUGAAGCGUGCUAAGUUGGUGAAUUUUUGAGAGAUGCAAAUUCAUCUUAUCUCUGAUUUGACUAGCACUGACUAUUUGAAAAUUAAUUAAUUCGUUUUAUUUAGUUUAGAAUAUCAUCAUCAUCGAAUUGGCUCGCAAACAUCAACUUGUCGAUGAACGAAAUUUUUCUACUGUAAUUGUUAAUUUCGACUAAUGGCGACCUAAUUUCAUAUUAAAAUUGAAUAAAAGCGUAGUAGUUGGUUCAUAGACUCACCUUUUCAUUAGAGUAUCCCUGAAAAAUCGAACAAUGAGUGAAGGCAUUUUAAAUUCCAACGACUCUUGCCAUUUUAGUAGGGCCUUUAGUUACAUGCCAGAUCGCAGUCUUUACUUAGAAUUUGUAAUCUCUGAGGUUCCGAGGCUUAUCACUAAGAUGCUCUGUUGUACUGGAGUUGGACAGAAACCGGGGGCUUUGAUAUUUUUGAAAUGAAGUUUCU